AUGACUGAUUUUGUCUUCUCUGCUGAAGGUCCUACAAAGGAUGGCCCAUCUGCUGGUGGAAAACGCGCCCGCACCCAAGAAGUCUUGGCUAUCGAUGAAUUGGACUCUGAUUUACCUCCCCCCCCACUGCCCCCAAUUCCUAUGAGCUUUAAAGACAAAGUGGCUGGAGACUUUGGUAUGGCUGAAGAACAAAUGGAAAUUGGCGAUGAUGAUAUUACUAUCAAAUCAGGAACGAUUCCCUCAAUCCAAUUCUCUGAGAAAAUCAAGAAUGCGUUGUAUCGGCCCUGGCGUACGGCAGUGAUUAUCAAGCUCAUGGGUCGCCCCUUAGCUUUCACUUUUCUAAGAGCUCGUCUUCUCCAGAAGUGGGCGCUCAAGGGCCCAAUGAGCCUUAUUGAUUUAGACAACAACUAUUUCAUAGUUAAAUUUGUGUAUGAAGAAGAUAUGAGAUAUGUCCUCACCAGCGGUCCCUGGCAAAUUGCUGGUCAGUACGUGGUGACUCAAAAAUGGAAACCUGGAUUUAAUGCCCAGGAGGAAAAAAUCUCUCAUAUGACUGCUUGGGUGCGUAUCAAUGGUUUGAAUGUUGAAUACUUCCGCUAUGAUGUGUUGGAGAAAAUUAGGAAUCUGAUAGGGAAUACAAUCAAGGUUGAUGCCAACACAAUGAGCCAAGCCCGUG